AUGCCGGCUGGUGACACCGCCGACCCCAUUGUGGGCGCUGAGCUCCGUGCUCAGGCGCAAGACGAGCGCAAAAAUUCAGUCAUCAUCGCCGCUGAAAUGGACGAAGCCAAUGCUGACCGGCAGGGUUCUGGUGAUGCCCUCGACCAAGACCUUCCCACGCCCACCACCGAAGAGCUGGUGACUCUACGCCGCGUUCCCAACAAGAUCCCCGUCAGGCUCUACACCAUUGCCUUCAUUGAGCUCUGCGAGCGCUUCUCCUACUAUGGUUCCACCGUCGUCUUCACCAACUUCAUCCAGCAGGCCCUUCCGCCCGGCUCCAACACCGGCGCGUCCCUCGACCAGCCUGGUGCUCUGGGCAUGGGUCAGCGCGCGUCGACCGGCAUCACCACAUUCAACCAGUUCUGGCAGUACUUUAUGCCUCUGCUCGGCGCCUGGGUGGCUGACGAGCACUGGGGCCGCUACAAGACCAUCAGCUACGCCCUCGGUGCUGACCUGUUUGGUCACUGCAUCCUGAUUCUCGCUGCCAUCCCGCCCAUCAUUGUCAACCGCUCCGCGUCGCUCGCCUGCCUGAUCCUUGCCAUCCUGACCAUUGGCUUUGGCACCGGCGGCUUCAAGCCCAAUGUUUCCUGCCUCAUUAUCGAGCAGCUGGGCGAGCAGCGGCUCUUUGUCAAGACCCUCCCGAAAACCGGCGAGCGCGUCAUUGUCGAUCCUGCUGUUACGACGGAAAAGAUUUACAUGUGGUUCUACUUCUUCAUCAAUGUUGGCGCCCUCGUGGGCCAAAUCACCAUGGUCUACGCUGAGCAGCACGUCGGCUUCUACCUUUCAUUUACGCUGCCCACCAUCAUGCUCGCUAUAUGUCCGGCCGUCAUGUUUUGGGGUCGCAAGCGCUAUGUGUCCCGCCCCCCGGACGGCUCCGUGCUCGUUCCCGCGCUCAGAACGUUUGCUCUGGCACAGCGUGGUCGCUGGUCUAUCAAUCCCGUGGCGACUUGGCGCAGUAUGCACGACGGCACAUUUUGGGAAGCGGUCAAACCGUCGAGGUAUACCGUGGAGAAUCGUCCCAAGUGGAUGACGUUUGACGAUGCGUGGGUGGAUGAGCUGCGUCGUGGAUUCAGUGCAUGCGCCGUCUUCUGCUGGUAUCCCAUUUACUACCUCUGCUACAACCAAAUCAACAACAACCUCGUCUCGCAAGCUGCCGUCCUCCAGCGCCACGGCGUCCCCAACGACAUUCUCUCCAACCUCAACCCUUUUGCCUUGCUCAUCUUUAUUCCCCUCAACAAUUUUUUCAUCUAUCCUGCCCUGCGCAAAGCUGGCGUCCGCAUCACCCCAAUUCGGAAAAUCACCGCCGGCUUUUUCGUCGGUGCCGCCGCCAUGAUUUGGGCCGCUGUCGUGCAGCACUACAUCUACAAGCGCUCCGUCUGUGGUAACAUGGCCUCCAAGACAAUGACCGACCCCGACACCGGCAGGACCGUUAAAUGCCCGCCAGUUGACAUCAACGUCUGGUCACAGACAGGUGCCUACGUGCUCGUCGCCCUCUCCGAGGUUUUUGCCUCGAUUACCUCGCUCGAGUAUGCCUACUCCAAGGCCCCCAAAAACAUGCGGAGCAUGGUUCAGGCCAUCGCGCUCUUCACGCUCGCAUUCGCGUCUGCCAUUGGUCAGGCGUUCACCGGCCUGUCGACUGAUCCCCUGCUGGUAUGGAACUACUCCAUCGUCGCCAUCCUGGCUGUUAUUGCCGGUACCUGCUUCUACUUUCAGUUCAGGGACUUGGAUAUUCACGAAGACGAGCUCAAUGAACUCCCCGAGGGCCAGAUUUUCAAGAGGGAUAGCGACGACAAGACUGUGCACAUGGAUGAGAAGAGCGCCAUCUAG